AUGGGUCAGUUACAUAACAUGGUGAUUUUUGUAGCAAUUGCAGUUGCUGCAACAAUACUACAAGGCACAGAAGCUGCAGACUACACAGUUGGGGGCAACACUGGUUGGAUAAGUGCUCCUUCUGGUGGCGCGUCGUUUUAUUCCAACUGGGCUUCCAAUAUUACAUUCAAAGAAGGCGAUGUCCUUGUGUUCAGAUUCACCACAGGCCACACCGUGGCCGAACUUAACGACAAAGCAAGCUUUGACAAUUGCAACGUGAACCAAAAUCAAGAAGUGCUUACCACAUCACCAGCUAGAGUCACACUUAAUCGUACUGGGGAGUUCUAUUUUGCAUGCACCGUCCAAGGCCAUUGCAGCAGUGGCCAAAAACUGAGCGUAAAUGUCACAGGCUCUUCUUCACCUUCACCCUCAUCACCGCCUGGUUCUGGAACCACUCCUACUUCACCAGCAACACCAGCAACGCCAUCACCUCAAUCACCCCCCAGUAACCCAGGUUCAACUCCACCGCCUCCAUCACCGGGCUCAGCUACCUCCCUGGCCGCUACUUUCUCUCUUCUCUUCAUCGUCCUUGUAAUCAACUCAUUGUUCUAA